AUGGAUUUGGAUCAGUCUAACUUCCUGUCUGAGAUUACUGGGAAAAUAUCAAACAUUCUUCUUUUAGAGUCUGAGAUCCUCAAAAAUGUAAAAGUUGACACUGAUUUCGGUCCAGGUGCUAGGACUAUCAACACUGAGAAACUUGACAAACUAACUGAGAUUUCCCGCGAGUUGUUCUCUGACAUUACUUACGUUUCAGACGAGUUACACACUUUAACUAGGGAAAUGAACCCUUCAUACACUCGCGUGAAUCCUUUCCACUCAAACAAACCUCUCAAUCACAAGGGGAUUAGCUCCUUUUCAUACACUCUUCCGCUAGAACUUCAGUCUUCCAAGCAAUUUAAUCACCUUUUACAUCAGUUUUUAAGUCAAUAA